AUGGAAGGCGAUGGCAGGAAGAGGGCGGCUAAUUGGUCAAACGCAGAGGAGAUGGUUUUAAUCGAGGAGUGUACAAAAAGGGAGGAGACUUUAUUUGGGAAAAUAAAGGGGUGUGGUGCAUUGGGGAAAAUUUCAAAACUGAAAGAAAAUGGGUGGCAAGAGGUGGUUGAUGCUCUGAAUUCACAAUUUAUAACAAAAAAGAGGGAAAUAGUAGAGGUAAAGAAGAAGUAUCAUAAUAUAAAACAAAGAAGUAAAGAAAAACUCGACCAGAUGAAAAGGCCCAAAACAGGUGGGGGACCGAAUCCAAGCUAUACUGAUGCUGAAGACCUACUUCUAAAUACAAUGGAGGGCAGACCCCAAAUUGAAGGCCUUUCAUUUGGUAUUGAUACAGAUGAUCUACAGAUACUACCACCGACACUACCACUAACAUAUCCUAUAGAAAUAUUAUUUGAAGAACAAGCUACUGGUACAUUUAAGGAAGAUUCGGCAGAUAAAACUAGUACGAUAAUGACACCAACACCAAAAAGGCAAAAAGUUUGUAAAGGGUUAACACAGCUAGAAGAAGAAAACAUAAGAUUAGAUAAUGAAAGAAUAAAAUUAGAGAUAGAAAAAUUGAAACAACAAAGGAGAAAUUUGGAAAUAGAAUAUGAAAUUCUGUGUAUAAAAAGAAAUAAAUUAAAUGAAUGA